AUGGAGGCUGGAUUUUACAUGGUGAUUCUUACCUGCGUGAUCUUCGGGAACUCAGAAGGGUUUCAGAUUGUCCAUGUCCAGAAACAACAGUGUCUUUUCAUAAAUCAGAAAGUGGGCAUGGGUUUAUGCAAUGGGACCAGCCAGAACCAGCAGUGGAUGUGGACCGAGGAUGGAAAGCUCCUUCAUGUUAAAUCUGCGCUGUGCCUGGGCAUCUCCAAUUCCUCUCGUGGCCCUUUGCGUGUGGCCAUCAUCACCCACUGCUCCCACGCACCCCGAUGGACCUGCUAUGAGCAGGAAGGGUUCCUUGAGGUGGAAAAUGCCUCUUUCUUUCUCAAGAAACAAGGCCCUAGAGUAGUGGUCAAGAAGGGCAGGAAAUACCUCCAUAGCUGGAUGAAAAUAGAUGUCAACGAGGAGGGAAAAAUAGUCAAUGGAAGCCUCUGCUUUACAAAAGCUGGCCUGGGGGCAGAAGUUUCGGUGAGGAGCGCUAGAAACAAGUCUCCUCCCCAUAUCCCCACUACUUUUAAUGCAGUUGCAAAUAGCCUGGAACACCUUACCAGGAAUGCCACAGAGGCCUUCAUCAAGAAUACUACAGAAAACUACAGACGAAACAGCAGCGAGAGGCAGAACCCCACUCUGCACAUGACUGGAAUUACAGACACACCAUGGGUCCGGUCAACUACUCAGCCCUUCUCCAGCACCACUGAAGAGACUGCACUGGCGGAGCCAGCGAGAUGUAACGUCACCCAGACGGAGUCCAGGGUCUCCAGCUGGUCCGUGUCUAUCCAGUGGAAAACUUUGGGAUCACCCUGUAACUUUAGCCUCGUCUACAGCAGUGAUUCCUCGAGAGCUGAGUGGUGCCACCCCGUUCGGAUAGACAACACCACCUAUGGGUGUGACCCCAAGGAUUUACAAGCGGGAACCGUCUAUAACUUCACGAUUGUGUCUCUGGAUGGAGAAGAGACGGUUGUGGUCUUGCAAACAGAUCCUUUACCUCCUGCUAGAUUUGAAGUCAAUAGAGAGAAGACGACUUCAACCAGCUUGCAUGUUUGGUGGACUCCUUCUUUGGGAAAAGUCACCUGGUAUGAUGUGCAGUUAUUGGAUGAUAAUAACCAAAAGAUACAGGAGGUCCAAAUUCAAGAAAGUACUUCAAAGAAUGAAUAUACUUUUUUUAACCUCACUUCUGGUAAUAAAUACAAUAUUGCCAUCACAGCUGUUUCUGGAGGUAAACAUUCCUCUACAGUUUAUACCAAUGGAUCAACAGUGCCAUCUCCAGUGAGUGAUAUUGGCGUUUCCACAAAAACUAAUUCUUUCCUGAUUUCCUGGACCCAUGGUUCUGGGAAUGUGGAACGACACCGGCUGAUACUAAUGGAUAAAGGGACCCUAGUUCAUAGCAGUGUCAUGGACAGACAAGCUACUUCCUAUGCUUUUCAUGGGCUGACUCCUGGCCACCUCUACAACCUUACUAUUGUGACCGAGGCCGCAGGGCUGCAAAACUACAAGUGGAAACUAGUCAGGACAGCCCCCAUGGAAGUCUCAAAUCUGAAGGUGACAAAUGAUGGCAGUUUAACCUCUCUAAAAGUCAAGUGGCAAAGACCUCCUGGAAAUGUGGAUUCCUACAACAUUACACUGUCUCACCAAGAGACCAUCAAGGAAUCCAGAAUAUUAGCACCUCAGGUUACUGAAACUCACUUUAAAGACUUAGCUCCUGGACGACUUUAUCAAGUUACCAUCAGCUGUGUCUCUGGUGAACUGUCUGCUCAGAAGAUGGCAUUGGGAAGAACAGUUCCAGACAAAGUUGGGAACCUGGAGGCAAACAGCAAUGGUUGCACGAGGUCCCUGCUGGUGAGCUGGUCACCCCCUUCUGGAGACUGGGAGCAGUAUCGUAUCCUGCUCUUCAAUGAUUCUUUGGUGCUGCUCAACGUCACUGUAGGAAAGGAAGAAACACAGUACGUCAUGGGUAACGUGGGGCUCAUUCCAGGAAGACAGUAUGAGGUAGAAGUGACUGUCGAGAGUGGAAAUCUGAAGAAUUCUGAGCGUUGCCAAGGCAGGACAGUCCCCUUGGCUGUCCUCCAGCUUCGUGUCAAACAUGCCAAUGAAACCUCACUGGGAAUCAUGUGGCAGACCCCUGCAGCAGAAUGGGAGAAAUACACCAUCUCGCUAGCUGACAGGGACCUCUUCUUCAUCCACAAGUCACUCUCCAGAGAUGCCAAAGAAUUCACUUUUACCGACCUGGUGCCUGGACGAAAAUACAUGGCUACCGUCACCAGUAUUAGUGGAGACUUAAAAAAUUCCUCUUCAAUAAAAGGAAGAACAGUGCCUGCCCAAGUGACCGGCUUGCAUGUGGCCAACCAAGGGAUGACCAACAGUCUGUUUACCAACUGGACCCAGGCACUGGGUGAUGUAGAAUUCUACCAAGUCUUACUGAUCCAUGAAAAUGUGGUCAUCAAAAAUGAAAGUGUCUCCAGUGAGACCAGCAAAUACAGCUUCCACUCCCUCAAACCGGGCAGCCUCUACUCCGUGGUGGUAACAACAGUGAGUGGAGGAAUCCCUUCCCGACAAGUUGUGGUGGAGGGAAGAACAGUUCCUUCCAGCGUGAGUGGAGUAACGGUGAACAAUUCUGGUCGUACUGAUUACCUGAGCGUUUCCUGGCUGCCGGCUCCUGGAGACGUAGACAACUAUGUAGUGACACUCUCUCACGACAGCAGCGUGGUUCAGUCCCUCACCAUUGCCAAGUCCCUCAGUGAAUGUUCCUUCAGCUCCCUCACCCCAGGCCGGCUCUACAACGUGAUCAUAACCACAAGGAGUGGCAAGUAUGAAAAUCAUUCCUUCGGCCAAGAGCGGACAGUGCCUGACAAGGUCCAGGGAGUCAGUGUUAGCAAUUCAGCCAGAAGUGACUAUUUAAAGGUAUCCUGGGUACAUGCCACUGGAGACUUUGAUCACUAUGAAGUCACCAUUAAAAACAAAAACAACUUCAUUCAAACCAAAAGCAUUCUCAAGUCAGAAAACGAGUGUGUAUUUGUUCAGCUCGUCCCUGGACGGUUGUACAGUGUCACUGUUAGCACAAAAAGUGGACAGUAUGAAGCCAGUGAGCAAGGGAAUGGGAGAACAAUCCCAGAGCCUGUUAAGGAUCUAACAUUGCGGAAUAGGAGCACUGAGGACCUGCAGGUGACUUGGUCACGAGCUAAUGGGGAUGUCGACCAGUAUGAGAUCCAACUGCUCUUCAAUGACAUGAAAGUAUUUCCCCCUUUUCACCUUGUAAAUACUGCAACCGAGUUUCGAUUCACAUCCCUGACACCAGGACGCCAGUACAAAAUUCUUGUGUUGACGAUCAGUGGAGAUGUACAGCAGUCAGCCUUCAUUGAGGCGUUAACGGUUCCUAGUGCUGUCAAAAAUAUUCACAUUUCUCCUAACGGGGCGACAGAUAGCCUGACGGUGAAUUGGACUCCUGGAGGGGGAGACGUCGAUUCCUACACAGUGUCAGCAUUCAGGCAGAAUCAAAAGGUUGAGUCUCAGACUAUCCCCAAGCAUGUCUCUGAGCACACGUUCCACAGACUGGAGGCCGGGGAGCAGUACCAGAUCGUGAUAGCCUCAGUCAGCGGGUCCCUCAGGAACCAGAUAGAUGCGCUUGGGCGGACAGUUCCAGCAUCUGUCCAGGGAAUAAUUGCAGACAAUGCAUACAGCAGUCAUUCCUUAAUAGUGAGUUGGCAAAAAGCUGUUGGUGUGGCAGAAAGAUAUGAUAUCCUGCUUCUAAAUGAAAAUGGGAUCCUUCUGAGCAAUACAUCAGAACCAGCCACCAUUAAGCAGCACAAAUUUGAAGAUCUGACGCCAGGCAAGAAAUACAAGAUACAGAUUCUCACUGUCAGUGGAGGCCUCUUUAGCAAGGAAACCCAAACUGAAGGCCGAACAGUCCCAGCAGCUGUCACCAAUCUGAGGAUCACAGAGAACUCCACCAGAUACCUGUCCUUCAGCUGGACCGCCUCAGAGGGAGAGCUCAACUGGUACAACAUCUUUCUGUACAACCCAGAUCGAACUCUUCAGGAGAGAGCUCAAGUUGACCCGCAAGUCCAGAGCUUCUCUUUCCAGAACUUGCUGCCAGGCCGAAUGUACAAAAUGGUGAUUGUAACACACAGUGGGGAGCUGACUAAUGAGUCUUUCAUGUUUGGUAGAACAGUCCCAGCCUCCGUGAGUCAUCUCAAGGGAUCUAAUCAGAACAUGACAGACAGCCUUUGGUUUAGCUGGAGUCCAGCCUCUGGGGACCUUGACUUUUACGAGCUGAUUCUCUACAAUCCCAAUGGUACAAAGAAGGAAACCUGGAAAAACAAGAACUUGACAGAGUGGCGUUUUCAUGGCCUCAUUCCUGGAAGGAAGUACACACUGUGUGUGGUAACUCACAGUGGAGAUCUCAGCAGUAAGGUCUUGGGGGAGAGCAGAACAGCCCCAAGUCCUCCCAGUCUUAUGUCAUUUGCUGAUGUUGCAAACACAUCCUUGGCCAUCACCUGGAAGGGGCCCCCAGACUGGACAGACUACAGUGACUUUGAGCUGCAGUGGCUCCCCAGAGAUGCACUCACUGUCUUCAACCCCUACAAUAACAGAAAAUCAGAAGGACGCAUCGUGUAUGGCCUUCGUCCAGGGAGAUCCUAUCAAUUCAUUGUCAGGACCAUCAGUGGUGAUUCCUGGAAAACCUACAGCAAACCAGUUUUUGGAUCCGUGAGGACAAAGCCAGACAAGAUACAAAACCUGCAUUGCCGGCCUCAGAACUCGACGGCCAUUGCCUGUUCUUGGAUCCCUCCUGAUUCUGACUUUGAUGGGUAUAGCAUUGAAUGCCGGAAAAUGGACACCCAAGAAGUUGAGUUUUCCAGAAAGCUGGAGAAAGAAAAAUCUCUGCUCAACAUCAUGAUGCUAGUGCCCCAUAAGAGGUACCUAGUGUCCAUCAAGGUGCAGUCGGCUGGCAUGACCAGCGAGGUGGUUGAAGACAGCACUAUCACAAUGAUAGACCGCCCUCCUCCGCCACCCCCACAUAUUCGUGUGAAUGAAAAGGAUGUGCUCAUUAGCAAAUCUUCCAUCAACUUUACUGUCAACUGCAGCUGGUUCAGCGAUACCAAUGGAGCAGUGAAAUACUUCACAGUGGUGGUGAGAGAGGCUGAUGGCAGUGAUGAGCUGAAGCCGGAACAACAGCACCCUCUCCCUUCCUACCUGGAGUACAGGCACAACGCCUCCAUUCAAAUGUAUCAGACCAAUUAUUUUGCCAGCAAAUGUGCCGAAAGUCGUGACAGCAACUCCAAGAGUUUUAACAUUAAGCUUGGAGCAGAGAUGGAGAGCCUAGGAGGGAAAUGUGAUCCCAAUCAGCAAAAAUUCUGUGAUGGACCACUGAAGCCACACACUGCCUACAGAAUCAGCAUCCGGGCUUUUACACAACUGUUUGAUGAGGACCGGAAGGAAUUCACAAAGCCACUCUAUUCAGACACAUUUUUCUCUUUACCUAUCACCACUGAAUCAGAGCCCUUGUUUGGAGUUAUCGAAGGUGUGAGUGCUGGUCUGUUUUUAAUCGGCAUGCUGGUAGCUGUCAUUGCCUUAUUCAUCUGCAGAAAGAAAACGAACCAUGGUCGAGAAAGGCCCUCUGCCCGCCUGAGCAUUCGUAGGGAUCGACAAUUAUCUGUCCACUUGAACUUGGGCCAGAAAGGUAACCGCAAAACUUCUUGCCCAAUAAAAGUAAAUCAGUUUGAAGGGCAUUUCAUGAAGCUGCAGGCUGACUCCAACUACCUUCUAUCUAAGGAGUAUGAGGACUUAAAAGAUGUGGGUCGAAACCAGUCGUGUGACAUUGCACUCUUGCCGGAGAAUAGAGGGAAAAAUCGAUACAACAAUAUAUUGCCAUAUGAUGCCUCACGGGUGAAGCUGUCCAAUGUGGAUGACGACCCUUGCUCUGACUACAUCAAUGCCAGCUACAUCCCUGGCAACAACUUCAGAAGAGAAUAUGUCGCUACUCAGGGGCCGCUUCCUGGCACCAAGGAUGACUUCUGGAAAAUGGCGUGGGAACAGAACGUUCACAACAUUGUCAUGGUGACCCAGUGUGUUGAGAAGGGCCGAGUUAAAUGUGACCAUUACUGGCCAGCGGACCAGGAUUCCCUCUACUAUGGGGACCUCAUCCUGCAGAUGCUCUCAGAGUCCAUGCUGCCUGAGUGGACCAUCAGGGAGUUUAAGAUAUGCAGUGAGGAACAGCUCGAUGCACACAGACUCAUCCGACACUUUCACUACACGGUGUGGCCAGACCAUGGAGUCCCGGAGACCACCCAGUCCCUGAUCCAGUUUGUGAGAACUGUCAGGGACUAUAUCAACAGAACCCCCGGUGCUGGGCCCACCGUGGUGCACUGCAGUGCUGGUGUGGGUAGGACUGGAACAUUUAUUGCAUUGGACAGAAUCCUCCAGCAAUUAGACUCCAAAGAUUCUGUGGACAUCUAUGGAGCAGUACACGACCUAAGACUUCACAGAGUUCACAUGGUCCAAACUGAGUGUCAAUAUGUAUACCUACAUCAGUGCGUAAGAGAUGUCCUCAGAGCAAGGAAGCUACGGAGCGAACAGGAAAACCCUUUGUUUCCAAUCUAUGAAAAUGUGAAUCCAGAGUAUCACAGAGAUGCAGUCUAUUCACGGCAUUAAGAAUGUACCUGACAAUCUCCUGGAUAAAAAUUAUUCACUGUGUGACUUUUUAAAAAACUUGCUUCAUGCCCUGCAAAGGUGCCAGCUAUUUCUGUUGAUAUUAUGUAUAAUUUAUUAAU